AUCCGGAGCUGAACGCAACUCUUCAAACGGGCGCAAUGGAAGCGAACCGGCAGAAGACUAACAUCUCCCGCUCCGCAAGAGCUCAGCUGAAUUUUCCGGUGAGCAGAAUUGAGCGCUUUCUUAGAGAAGGAAACUUCUCUCAGCGUGUGAGUGCUUCUGCACCAGUGUUCCUUGCUGGUGUAUUAGAGUACCUGACAGCUGAUAUACUUGACCUGUCUGGCAAGGAGGCCCAAGCUAGCGGCAGAAAGCGCAUAACUCCAGAACACGUAUCCUGGGCUGUUGAAAACAACAAACAUCUUCGCAAACUCUUCAAAAUUGACAGCAAAUCCGUGGUCAUCGAGACACCAGAACCCGAUGAGGACUGAGGCUCAUACCUUGAGCCUCAAAUUGCCCCAAUGUCCCCCUAAAUGGGGGGUAAGUUAGGCAUGUUAUUAAAACUGUCUAAACGAU